GGGCGUCCGUCAGGCUUUCCACAGCCCCGAGGUCAGGAGACACUCCAUUGACCGACUCACACUCGCUAAUGUUGGGUGGGUUGGUUGGUGGGGAUAAUCACUCUGCUGCUUCACUCCAGGUCGCAAAGUUAAUCAUCCACCUCUGCAUUCUCUUGUGCAUGGCAUGGCAGCAUGUGGGCUACUGUUUUCUUUUCUACCGCUGCUGCUACUAAUCACUCCAGCAUCCACCUUCCACUAGUGCUCUUCUUCCUCCUCUCGCCCUCGCCGUCCGUCGCCGGCCGGCCCACGCCCACGACCGAGCGCGAGGACAAUGCCUGCCUGACGCAUUUAGUUAAGCAGCAGCGGCAGCAGCUCUGCCUUGUCCUCUCACCUCUUUCCUUUACAGCUACCUCCCCUCCCCUCCCCUCACUGCUCCCCCAUUAAUGCCGCCCACCAGGCAUUGCUGACCUCCCCUUCCUCCUCCACCGAGCACUGCCCACACAACCAACCAUGAAGCCCCCCGGACCCCUAUCGCCGCGCCACCUCCUGCCCCUCCUCCUCCCGCUCCUGCUCUACCACCUCGCCACCGCCGCCGCCACCGACGCCGACGCGCUGCUGGCCCUAAAAUCCGCCCUGGACAGCUCCAACCGCCUCCCAUGGCACGCGUCCACGGCCUCCACGCUCUGCACCGCCUGGCCGGGCGUGCGCCAGUGCGACCCCGCCGGCCGCGUCACCAAGCUGGUCCUCGAGAACCUCAACCUCACGGGCCCCCUCACCGCCGCCCUCCUCUCCCCGCUCGCCGAGCUCCGCGUGCUCAGCCUCAAGGCCAACGCGCUCUCCGGCCCCGUCCCCGACGGGCUCGCCGCGGCGCUCCCCAACCUCAAGCUGCUCUACCUGUCCGGCAACCGGCUCUCCGGGCCCGUCCCCGCCAGCCUCGCGCUGCUGCACCGCGCCACGGUGCUCGUCCUCUCCGACAACCGCCUCUCCGGCCGGAUCCCGCGGGAGCUCGCGCGCGUGCCGAGGCUCACCUCGCUGCUGCUCGACGGGAACCUGCUGACGGGGCCCGUGCCCUCGCUGCCGCAGACCACGCUCCGGGGGCUCGACGUCUCCGGCAACCGGCUGUCGGGGCGGAUCCCCGGCGUCCUCGCGAGGCGGUUCAACGCGUCGGCGUUCGCGCGCAAUGCCGGGCUCUGCGGGGCACCGCUCGCCGUGCCCUGCGCCGUUGCGGCGGCGGCCCCCGGGCCGAUGUCGCUCUCCCCCGCCACCGCGGCGUUCGCGCCGCUCCCUCCCCCCGGGGGAUCCGGCGGCGGCAGCGGCCGGCGAAGGAAGGCCGCGAUAAUCGCCGGGUCGACGGUGGCCGGGGCGGUGGUGCUGGCCCUCCUGGUCGCGGCGGCGGUCACCGCGUCCCGGCGCGGGCGCGGGCGCAACAAGCGCGUGGCCGGCGACGUGGACAAGGGCACGCCGGAAGAGCAUGCCGAGGAGGACGCGCAGCAGCAGCAGCAGCAGCAGCGUUCGGCGAACGGAGCGGCGAUGAAUGCGGCGGUGGCGGGCGGGCGUGAGUUCUCGUGGGAGCGGGAGGGGAUCGGGAAGCUGGUGUUCUGCGGUGGCGCGGCGGAGAUGUACAGCCUGGAGGAGCUGCUGCGGGCGUCGGCGGAGACGCUGGGGCGCGGGGAGGCCGGGAGCACGUACAAGGCGGUGAUGGAGACGGGGUUCAUCGUGACGGUGAAGCGGAUGCGGUGCGGCGACGCGGGCGCCGGUGCGGCGGAGUUCGGGCGGCGGGCGGAGGAGCUGGGGCGGGUGCGGCACCCGAACGUGGUGGCGGUGCGGGCAUACUUCCAGGCCAAGGAGGAGCGGCUGCUGGUGUACGACUACUACCCCAACGGCAGCCUCUUCUCCCUCGUCCACGGGUCUCGGCCGUCGAGCAAGGGCAAGCCGCUGCACUGGACGUCCUGCAUGAAGAUCGCCGAGGACAUCGCCGCCGGCCUGCUCCACCUCCACUCCUCAGCCAUCGUGCACGGCAACCUCAAGCCUUCCAACGUCCUCCUCGGCCCCGACUUCGAGUCCUGCCUCACCGACUACGGCCUCGUCCCCGCCCUCCACGCCGCCGGCGCCGACGCCUCCUCCGCCUCCCUCCUCUACCGCGCGCCAGAGACCCGCUCCUCGUCCAUGCUCUUCACGGCCGCGUCCGACGUCUACAGCUUCGGCGUGCUGCUGCUCGAGCUGCUCACGGGCCGGGCGCCCUUCCCGGACCUCCUCGAGCCGCGCACGGGCGCCGAGGACGUGACGGCCUGGGUGCGCGCCGCGCGCGAGGAGGAGAUGUCCACGGAGUCGGGCGGCGAGUCGGCCGCGUCCGGCGCCGCUGGCACGGCGGAGGAGAAGCUGGGCGCGCUGGUGGGCGUGGCGGCGGCGUGCGUGGCCGUGGACCCCGGCGCGCGGCCGGCCACGGCCGAGGCGCUGCGGAUGGUGCGGGAGGCGCGCGCCGAGGCCAUGUCCUCGUCCAACAGCAGCGACCGCUCGCCCGCGCGCUGGUCCGACGCCGUCGUCGUCGGCGCGCCGACGGACUGAUAAAGUGAUAAGAAUGGUCUGGUUAGCGUCUUCAGUUUGGUCGAUCGGAGGAUGGAUCGAGCUGGAUACAUACAUUGAUGGAUGAUUCGGAUGAGAUCGUCUCGAUCUCCGGCUAGCUAGAUACUAGUAGGAGUUUAUUUGGUUUGGUUGGUUUGAUCAAUUGUUGGAUUUGUAGAUCGCUAGCUUUGAAUUCGAAAUGCACCAUCGAUCGUCAUGUAGUUAGUUAUUACUCCUACGUAGUUUGUGUCAUCAGAUUGAGCCAUGGAAGUGUCGAAAUCGUACCCUUCCAGGGCGACGGCUGCGUGUUUAUAUUAUAUAGAAGGGGGCGCGAUAGCUUACAUUGUUGA